AUUCGGCGUCCUUCUUCCGGCGCAGAGAUGCCGUGAUGGAUCUCAAACAAGUGAAACAGUGGGGCGUGUUAAUUUGCCACUGUUGACAAUGAGCGCCACUUCGUGCGUCACGGUGCGCUCUCCACCCUCCACGUCAAUUGUUGGCAGUGCAGCAUGUGAUGCUCCGUCCUGCACUGUCCUGUGAGCGCUCAGUCAGUACCACAGCCGCGCACACACACACACACACACAUACACAUACUCGUGGUGGAUGUAUUCAUGCCUCUCUCUAGAUAUUCUCUGACAACUGCGAUCGCUUAAGCCCGGAUUUUACUGCUGCACAAGACUCACGGACUGAAGCCAAGAACUGAAAUCCAGCAGUCGCUCUUCAGCAUCACUCUUCCUUUCAUCCCCACCUGACGUUUGGCCUCUGUCACUUCUUCCAGUCUCUCGCUCUCUGUUUCUCUCUCCACUCACCCCCCCACCCCCCUCCUGACCCUCAGCCUCCCUGAUGCCUAAGAACAGCAAGGUGAUACAGCGCGAGCAGAGCCAUGAGCACGUCACGGAGUCGGUGGCUGACCUGCUCGCACACGAGGAGCCGCUCGACUACAAAAGCAGCUCCCUGAACGUCGGAGGGGCUGCGGGGAAGAAAGUCCCUCAGAUAGAGGUCCCUGAAAACGAUGGGCGACCCGCCUGGAACAGCAAACUGCAGUACAUCCUGGCCCAGGUGGGCUUCUCUGUGGGCCUGGGGAACGUGUGGCGCUUCCCUUACUUGUGCCAAAAGAAUGGAGGAGGCGCCUAUCUGGUUCCCUACUUCAUCCUCCUCCUCAUUAUUGGCAUCCCUCUCUUCUUCUUGGAGCUGGCAGUGGGUCAGAAGAUCAGGCGUGGAAGUAUCGGGGUGUGGAACUACGUCUGUCCCCGCCUGGGUGGAAUAGGAAUGUCAAGUCUGAUGGUGUGCGGCUUUGUGGGUCUCUACUAUAAUGUGAUCAUCGGUUGGAGCAUUUUCUACUUCUUCCAGUCCUUCCAGUAUCCUCUCCCAUGGAGUGACUGCCCAAUCAGAAAGAAUGGGACACUUGCCAUUGUGGAGCCAGAAUGUGACAAAAGCUCGGCUACGACCUAUUUCUGGUACCGGCAGACUCUGAACACGACCAGCACCAUCGCAGAGAGCGGCGGCCUCAACAUCAAAAUGACCCUGUCUCUGCUGGUAGCCUGGAUCAUUGUCUGCCUCGCCGUCAUUAAAGGAAUCGCUUCCUCUGGGAAGGUGAUGUACUUCAGUUCUCUUUUCCCCUACGUGGUGCUGUUCUGUUUCCUGGUCAGGGGUUUAAUGCUGAAGGGCUCCGUAGAUGGCAUCGCUCACAUGUUCACUCCCAAGUUGGAGAAGAUGCUGGAGCCGCAGGUGUGGAGGGAGGCCGCCACCCAGGUCUUCUUUGCCCUCGGUCUGGGUUUUGGAGGAGUCAUUGCCUUCUCCAGUUACAACAAGAUUGACAACAACUGCCACUUUGACGCCGUGCUCGUCUCUGUCAUCAACUUUUUGACCUCCAUUUUGGCCACACUGGUUGUGUUUGCUGUCUUGGGCUUCAAGGCCAACAUCAUGAAUGAAAAGUGUGUUGUGGAGAAUGCAGAAAAGAUCCUGGGAUACCUCAACUCCAACGUCCUGAGCCACGAUCUUAUUCCUCCACAUGUGAACUUUUCCCAUCUCAGCACGUCAGACUACGCUGAGAUGUACAGGGUCAUUAAAACGGUCAAAGAGGACAGCUUUCCCCAGCUGGGUCUGGAGCCUUGUGUUCUGGAGGAUGAGCUGAACAAAGCUGUCCAGGGCACCGGCUUGGCCUUCAUCGCCUUCACAGAAGCCAUGACGCAUUUCCCAGCAUCUCCCUUCUGGUCAGUCAUGUUCUUCUUCAUGCUCAUCAACCUCGGUCUGGGCAGCAUGAUCGGCACCAUGACCGGCAUCACCACACCUGUCCUCGACGCCUACAAAGUCCAGAAGGAGCUUUUUACAGUGUGUUGCUGCAUCAUCGCUUUCUUAUGCGGCUUGUUGUUUGUUCAGCGGUCGGGAAAUUACUUUGUCACCAUGUUCGAUGAUUAUUCGGCCGGUCUGCCUCUCACUGUAGUGGUCAUCCUGGAAAACCUGUCCGUUGCUUGGAUAUAUGGCACCAAAAGGUUCAUGCAGGACCUGGAGGACAUGUUAGGUUUCCGACCUUGUAUUAUCUAUUUCUACCUUUGGAAGUACGUCUCCCCUCUCUGUCUUAUCGUUCUCAUCUCGGCCACUGUCAUCGAGAUGGCCAUCAGCCCACCAGGAUACAACGCCUGGGUUCAAGAGCUGGCUCAGGAACGCUUCCAGAGCUAUCCUCCCUGGGCUCUGGGCAUGUGCUUCGCUCUUAUCAUUGUGGCCAUGCUUCCGCUCCCUGUUGUCUUCAUCGCCCGACACUUCAACUUGAUGUCAGACGGCUCUAACAAGCUGUCCGUCUCUUACCGUAAAUCUAUGAUGAAGGACAUAUCCAACCUUGAGGAGCAGGAUGAGGCUAGAUUCAUCCUUGGAGGCAAACCAGGCGAGGCCCCAUCAUCAGGGCCAGCACGCAAACCCUUCCUGACACCUGGAGGAAACAAACCCAUGGACUCCCUGUCUCCAAACAUCUGCUAUGGUACUAGCUACCAAAAUGCUGCCAUAAGCCCCACCACACCAACUACACCAAGCACACCUCUCACACCAGAGUCUGACUCUUGACUGUUACCCAGCCUUGACAGACUCCCCUCUGACCACCCCUGUAGCACAACCUUACCCAUGAGGUCUCCACUGGAGCUACUGCAGCUCCAGGAAUCCUCACCACUGCCCUGCUAACGCCACAAAACUGUACGUAGCCACCCAGUUUAUGAGCACACGCUUCCAAAAUAACACAAAGGAACUUCACGAGAAGAUUUCCAGAAUGUUUCUGAGCAUCUGGAAGUUAGAAAACAGGAGAAAAGGGACACAUUUCACUCCUUUACAAUAAACGAAACUGUGGAAUCAGGUUGAGAUUAACAGUGACAAACUACAUCUGUAUAUAUUUAAAAACAUCAGGUUUAUGUGCUCAGAAUGAAGUUCUGUCAUCUGAUUUUCUUUGCCUUAGUUUAAGGAUCCCCUAGCAGACGCCAAACCCAUAGAAUAAGGAAAACGUCUGCACAGUGCAGGUAGUGUGAAAGAAUGAAUGUAGUAGAGUUUGUGAGGUUCUGCUGGUUUCCUAUGUAGCAAUAAUGGGUGUCAAAGCCAUGUACCACUUAAUACACAGCAAGUUUUCUUUAUAUUAGAUGUUAUGCAGUCGACAAGGUGCAGCUGAAAAGUUCCAAAACCAUACCUGAUUCAAAUUUGGACAAAUUGUUCUUCAAGGUCAUGCUCAGCACAGCUGUGGGAAGUCCCAUUUUCACUCCACACUGUGAAUUCAAGUCACAACUAAACUCUACUGUAAUGUCCCGAGGUGUCUGAGGAAGACAUUCACAGCAAACCACCUGACCUGUGGUGUUUGCCGCUGUGUGCUGGCACACAAGGAAACAAAAACAACACCCUACUCUGUAUGUUUAAGAAAAUGACCUUAAAGGAGGGCACUUCCAAAUUAAGAUCAGGUAACGUUUUUGGCCACAGACUCGCAGCUCUGUUCUGAUGCCGUGAGAUUUGUUUUCAUAGGACUAUGCUUUGUAAAAUAUGGUAAGACGACUCUAAAGGCACCCGUUUAUGUUCCAAUCAGACCCCACAUCCACCUCCUCCUGUAAUUUGCGUGUAGAGUCUAUUGUUGUUGUUCAUUUUGUAAAAACAAAAGGUGUAAAAUCACAAUGUACAGUAUACAGUUAUAGUAAUGUAACAUACCUUAAGGACUCCGGGUUUUAUUAACCGGGAGAUCAAACCACUGUUUCAUUAUCCAUCACUCUCACGUCUCUGUGCUGUAGAAACACACUCAUUUCAGUUUCUCCACCAAAGAGUUCAAAGUAAACAACAAAACACUUGAAAUCUGUUCCAGAAUAACAGACCUGUUACACUGAACUGCAGUGAAAGUGAACUACAACCCAAAACACAAGGCGGCCAUGAAGCACGCUUUGUUUGCUUUUCUUCCUCCUUCAAAAAAGCACAAAGGAGAUUUUGACUCACUGAGCACAAGCAGAUUAUUGGCUGUAAUUGUCUCAAGCAUUGAUCCGCAUUUUAAAAUUAACUCCUGCCGAGACAUAUUAUGGGACACACAGCAAUAUAUAUUUAUAUUGGCGCACAAACUCUGUUAACUUUGAACAAAAAAAAUUUAACUUAAAAUAAGAAAAAUAGCUACAGACCAAAAGAUUAAAAAGCAAAAAUCCCAAUUCUGUGAACUUAUCAGCCGACCUGAUAGUGUGCACCUUUGAAAGCCUUAGACUCCUCAUGCACAGACAGAAAUACACAUGCACACACAUACACACUGCUCUCCGUGUUACAGGCCCUGCCGUGGCGCAGCAGGGCUUACGGUGAUGGUCGCUGACUUGAGUUUAAACUGAGCACAUUUUAAUUCCUAUUUAAAGGAAUCUUUAAUUUAUUUUUUUAUCACAGUAUUUAAAGCCAUGGUGUUUAGGUAUAAAUGGACUAUAUUUAUAUUCCUGUAUAUUUGCUGUUACGUAGGCGUGAUGAAUUACAAAGAUUUAUCUUUUACAAGCGUUUAAUAUGUACACUGUGUAUUUUAAUCUUGUGUGACGCUUAUUGAGUCGGUACAUUUUAGGACUGUUUUGUAGUUUGUGUAGCUGAUCGUGGACAUGAAAAUGAUGCGGGACUGUGGAGCUGAUCUACGGUCUUGUUUAGUCGUGUGUCCACUUCAGGUUUACUGGUCUAAUCGUUCACCACAACAUGCUCUGAAAAUGUUAUGUUAGCCAACAGGUUCAUGAAAGGCUGUCUCUAAAAUAUGUUUAGCGUAGAUGACACAGCAUGCUAACAUCCUGAGCAGAUAUCUUUCCAGAUGUGUACAAAACAUGCAAGCACUUUUUUUUUUUAGGUUGAAAAGAUGAUUGAACCACUCUGAGGUCAUCCAUUGAUUUUGGACUUUGUUCAACCUUUUAAGCCUCGGGUAUUUGGACAAGAGGGUGGCAUGCUAAGUUAUAAGCUAAAGUUAGCAAGCUUGGUUACUAAGCUGCACUCAUAAUCUGUAUAGCUUCAAUGCACAAUGAUAAAUAUCUGCUAAUAAAGCUCAACAAGGUUCAAGAAAGUAAAUUUCUCCACAGGGAUUUUAAUUAUGAGCUAUAAUGUUUUAGCCGUCUAAAGCAGACUCACUACGAGCUACGACAUAAUUAAACGAUGGUGCGACAAUCUGCUCCUGUGGAGACCAAAAGGUCUGCAUGACAUAGAAAAGAACUACACUACCCACAAUCCUAAAUUGAGCCGUGUUAAGAAAGGCCACGCCCCUAACUCUAGUAUCCAGAUCUAUUAGAUUAAAAAACAUGUAGCCAACACAGAGUCAAUAAAAGGGAAAUUUAUCCAUAGAAGCAAGGAACAUUUUUCUUUUUUAGUGCUCCAAAGGUUAGCAUUUUAACAUGGGAGUUCAUAGGGAUCAACUCACUUUUGGAGCCAACCUCAAGUGGCCACUAGAGGAACUGCAAUCGUGGAGGUUGCUGCUUGAGUGGUCCACACCUUUGCGAAUUUAUUUAGGGGCAGGUGAAAAAGUGCUGAUUCAAAAAUACAGCAUCCAACAAGAAGCAAGAUAACUAUUAUCAGCGUCCUCUAAAUCAUCUCCAUCGACAUCAUUAAAAUAAGGUGUCGUUCAUACAGGUUCAUACAGAGUAAGGCAACAGGCAUCACUGGGGGGUUUUAUGCACUCAGAAGUAACAUUGAUGAAAUACUCACUUCUACCCACAUCAGAGACAGACAAACACUUUACUGGAAAAAUCUUUUUUUUUUUUUUUUCAAAUAAAAGAUUACAUCCAGUUUGGGGGGAAAACACAGACACGUGUAUCAGGAAUAUGCUGUUUUUUUCAACUGCUCUAUAUAUGAAAAAUACAGUUUCCUUUAACAGUGUAAGGAUUCAGAAAUGAAUGUAACAGAGUAGGUUUGAUCCACAAAGUGGGGGUUUUUUUCUGUUUGAUUGGUUUUGUUUUUCUCUCUGAAUCAAACAUUUUCAGCUUCCAUGGACAUUUGUCAUCCAAAUUUGCAUGGAGAGACCUGAGCAAAGGGUUUGGCUAAUCCUCCUUUGGCAAUGUUUUUGCCCCCUGGUGGUAGCUCUAAGAACAGCAAGUUGUCACAGUCCAUUCAGGAAUUAGUUUUCUGCUGUGUAAUGAGUGGAUCACUAGUGUGGUUACAGAUGUUUUGUGUUUGGUGUGUGAGCCGUUUUAGUGUAAGAGUGUAUCACGCAGACAUCUCUGGUGUGUUCAUGUCUGUAAAUAAUGUUAUGUAUUCUGGAGAUAGAUUUUAUUAACGUGAUGUAGAUUAAUGUCUUAAAAGUAAGAGUUUUAGCAGUAAGUAUAACAAAAGUUAGAAAUGAAUGUGAUCAAUGCACUUUUUCACAAGACUGCAAAAAGCUAGAGUCUGUUUUCAUUGUCUUGUUUGCAGUACAGUUAAAAUUUGAUGAAAAGCAAUAUGAUGUUAUUUAAAUGACAGAAUAACUGUGGCUGAAAGCAAAUCCUGGCACACAAGUGUCUGUGAACAGCAAUCCUUAGAAAUAACCCCCAACACUGGUGUGUGCACAUGUGUGUGUGUGAGAUGUGAGUUUGACUUGGUGUGUGCAAGGCCUUAGUGAGCACACAUUUCAAACACUAUACAGGAGACACAUGUCCCUUUACAGCUUCCCUCUCUUUCCUCUUUCAUUUUAUGAAUGUAUCAUACUGAGGAAUAUUGUAAAAAUUGUGACCAUGAAAAAAUUAUUCUAAUAAAGCGUGGACAAGCUGC